AUGAGAUCUGAUCCCGGCUAUAGGGAUCUUAAUUUGUGGUGCGUAUAUCACGGGACAAACGAUUAUCGGACUGGGGACUGGAGACAUCUGCGCGAAGAGGUGGUAACAUUGCUGAAAAAUGGCCAUCUCAGGGAUUUUUUGAGCGACCAGGCUAAAAACAACUACGGUCGCAAUCAUGAUAAUGCAGAGCCUUCAGAAGUAGAAGAAGAUCCCCCGCGCCUGACGAUCAACAUGAUUUUCGGGGGAACGAGAUCAACGGGGCUACAUUUUUUGUGGCAAAAAAAGAAGAAAGUAUCAGUGACUCACAGCAAAAGACUCCGAGAAGUUGCUGAAUGCGACAUCACUUUUACGAAGGAAGACGAUGAUGGACCGCUGUUAUUGCAUAACGACGCCCUGGUAAUUUUUCUAAACGUCUUAUAUUUCAAAAUUAAACAUGUUCUGGUGGAUCCAGGAAGUUCGGCCUAUAUCAUCCAAUGGAAAGUGUUCGAGCAAGCCAAGCUCACCGAAAGUAUUAUUCCGGCCACAAAAGUCCUCGUCGGGUUCAAUCUGGCAAGCGUGACAAUCUGGGGAGAAAUCUUGCUACCCACAAAUGCCGAGGGGCUGAUGAAGACGACCCUUUUUGAGGUAGUGGACGGUGAUAUGGGUUAG